CUUUGCGUCACAUUCCUUCCACUGAAUCCUCUGUGUACAUUAGAAUCAGAAAAAAUAAGAAAAUUGGCUCUGAAAUAUCAUCCUGACAAGAAUCCUGACAAUCCAGAGGCUGCAGAGAAAUUUAAAGAGAUCAACAGUGCUCAUGCAACACUGACUGAUCUGUCCAAGAGAAACAUAUAUGACAAAUAUGGAUCAUUAGGGCUCUACGUGGCUGAACAGUUUGGUGAAGAAAAUGUUAACACAUACUUCAUGCUCUCAAGCUGGUGGGCAAAGGGCCUGUUUGCAGUCUGUGGCCUGCUGACGGGCUGUUACUUUUGCUGCUGCCUGUGCUGCUGUUUCAACUGCUGCUGUGGAAAAUGUAAACCCAAAGCACCAGAAGGGGAAGAGCAUGAGUUUUGUGUGUCUCCAGAGGAUCUGGAAGAGCAAAUUAAGACUGACAUGGAAAGAGAUGGAGAAACUCCUAUUGUGCUUCAGCCGACUAACGCAACCGAAAAAACCCAGCUAAUCGGGGACAGCCAUCGGAGCUAUUGCACAGACUCUUAGCGCGGGGC